AUGUUAUGUGGCCUUUUGGCGUGCGGGCUGAACACGGCGCUGCCGGGCAGCACGACCGUCAUCGGCGCCGGGGAGCAGGUGUGCGUCGCCUCGCCUCGCUUCCCCAACUACUACCCUCGCAACUGGAACAACGCCUGGACCAUUCUGGGCGCCACUUCAGAUCUGACGCUGGAAGUCACGUGCUCCCGCGUGGGCAUCCAGGGCAGCUCUCGAUGUUGGAGAGAUCGCCUCGUCAUCUCAGACAGAUGUUCCUGGAGAAGGUAUUGCGGGAGGAAUCGGCCAGGAACAAUCCAAACGUGCGGACCCAACGUGCGCCUGAGCUUCCGGAGCGACGGCUUCAGGCAGAGCAGGGGCUUCUACUGCGUCAUCACAGCCUCUGGAUCGACAACAACGACUGAUGCUGUGUCAACCACCACUGCUGCUCCGACGACCACCGCCACUGCUGCCCCGACGACCACCGCCACUGCUGCCCCGACGACCACCACCACUGCUGCCCCGACGACCUUAGACCCGAACUCUCUUGCUUGUCGCUGUGGCGAGCCCAACAGGAGCAACAGGAUCGUGGGCGGGGUAGCCAACGAGGUGAACGAGUACCCGUGGCUCGUGGGGCUGUCCGGCGCCGGCGGGACGGACAGGCCCUUCUGCGGCGGCUCCAUCCUCAACAACGAGUGGAUCAUCACCGCCGCCCACUGCGUCGUCGGAACUUCGCCGAGCAGCGUGGACGUGUUGUUCAACAUGCACGACUGGAACAACGGCCCGACGCGCAUCAUCACGCGGACCGCCGAUCGCAUCGUCAUUCACCCGAACUACAACACCAACACGCUGGACAACGACAUCGCUUUGGUGCACAUCAGUGAGAAGGUCAGUUUCACCAACUGGCCUGGAAUCAAGCCCGUGUGCUUGCCUCCCCUCAACGCUGACUUCACCGGCAGAGACGCCACCGUCACCGGCUGGGGCACCACCUCCUCGGGAGGAACACAGCCGGAGGUCGCAAGGGAGGUGACGAUACCCAUCACGACGCGGACCGAGUGCCAGGCCGUGUACGGAAGUUCCGUCACUCAGAACAUGAUCUGUGCCGGCCUGAGCGAGGGCGGGAAGGACUCCUGCCAAGGUGACAGCGGCGGACCGCUGACGGUCGAGGAGACAGACGGGCGUCAUUACCUUGCCGGGGUCGUCAGCUGGGGCUCAGGCUGCGCGAGUCCGGGCAGAUUUGGAGUCUACACGGAUCUGCCAAACUAUAUAAAUUGGAUCAAUAGCAUCGCCACGACAGGAAAAUAUUGCGGACUUUAAGACGGCACCACUUCUGAUAAUCGGCUUCGGAAUUUAGACAUAUGAAUCAACAUUGAUUACCCUCUUACGACCAUAACAAUUUAAACUUUAAACUAGAGUAUGAUAAGAAGAAUAACAAUCUGAGAGUGAAAAUAUUUUGCGAAAUAAUGGUGUAUUGAUUGGAUAAAAAAAAAACAGAGAAUAAGACGCAUUUACCUUCAGCUUGCUAUUUCAUUAACCCUGC